CCCUUUCCAGUGGACACUGAGGUCUGACCUCAUGCUAUCUCCAAUCUAGGCUGCAGACAAGUAUGCGGGGUGCCUUUGGAACACCCCAGGGCACAGUGGCCAGGGUCCACAUUGGCCAAGUCAUCAUGUCCAUCCGUACCAAGCUGCAGAACAAGGAGCAUGUGACUGAGGCCCUAUGCAGGGCCAAGUUCAAGUUCCCUGGCCGCCAGAAGAUCCAUAUCUCCAAGAAGUGGGGCUUUACUAAGUUUAAUGCGGACGAAUUUGAAGACAUGGUGGCUGAAAAGUGGCUCAUCCCAGAUGGCUGUGGGGUCAAAUACAUCCCUAAUCGUGGCCCCUUGGACAAAUGGAGGGCUCUGCACUCAUGAGAACCUCGGCACUGUCCCCUCCCUAUUCAUGCCCACCAAUAAAUCCUACUUCCUGUCAAAAAA